GAGAGACUACAGGAUCUACGCUACAUCCUUCACAUCUCCUAAAUUAACACCGAUCUGAUCCUUCAAACACCAUCUGUCCCCCAUUCCCGCGUCUUGAAGAGAAAAAAUGCACCUCUGAAGUCUUAACUCAAGAGGGUGGGAGGCAGAGAGAGACCAUUUUAUAGCCUGGACGGAUAUUAUUUGGUAUCUUUCUGAGUUUCUUCACCGAUUUUAGGCCUUUAAGACACGCUGGAUGAGAGCUAUAAGGAAUGAGGUCUAACAAACAGAGGAGACAUUGGACCUUGUUUUGUGGUCUGGUGCUGGUCCUCAGCACUCUUUGCCACGGAGAAAUCUGUGGUCCAGGCAUUGACAUUGGAAAUGACAUCAGUAAUUUUAAGCGGCUGGAGAACUGUACGGUGGUUGAGGGCUACCUGCAGAUCCUUCUCAUCGGAGGCAAAAACAAUAACAACCAGGAGGUCUUCCGCACCCUCAGUUUCCCCAAGCUGACCAUAAUUACAGAUUACCUUCUCCUCUUCCGCGUUUCUGGGCUGGACACUCUCAGCACCCUCUUCCCAAACCUCACUGUCAUCCGGGGCCGCAACCUGUUCUACAACUACGCCUUGGUCAUAUUUGAGUUGACCAGCCUGAAGGACAUUGGCCUCUACAACCUGCGAAACAUCACGCGAGGUGCGAUACGAAUUGAGAAGAAUCCAGAGCUCUGCUAUUUGGAUUCUGUAGACUGGUCCCUCAUUAUGGAUGCUGAAUUUAACAAUAUCAUUGCUGGAAAUAAGCAGUCGAAGGAGUGUGGAGAUGUUUGUCCUGGAAUCAUGGAGGACAACCCUCAGUGUAUCAAGACAAACUUCAACAGCAAUUCCAAUUACAGAUGCUGGACCUCCAACCACUGCCAGAGAAUUUGUCCAGAGUGGUGUGGACUGCGGGCAUGUACAUACACAGGCGAGUGCUGCCACCCCCAGUGCCUGGGCGGCUGCACUGCACCCAACAACGACCGGGCAUGUGCCGCCUGCCAGCAUUACUAUCAUGAGGGCCGCUGCGUGGAGGACUGCCCGCCUGGCACAUACAAGUUUGAGGGCUGGCGCUGCAUCACAAUGGAGUUGUGCUCCAAGAUCCACCUGCCUGAUUAUGACCGUUUUGUGAUCCACGGAGGAGAGUGCAUGGCCGACUGCCCGCCUGGCUUCACACACGAUGAGAACCAGAGCAUGUUCUGUAAAGCCUGUGAAGGCCUGUGUGACAAAUUCUGUGAUGAAAAGGUCAUUGACUCGGUAGAUGCGGCCCAGUCCCUCAAGGGCUGUACUGUUAUCAGAGGCAACCUGCAUAUCAACAUCCGCCGUGGCAAUAACAUAGCCUUAGAGCUGGAGAACUUCCUAGGUCUCAUCAAGACAGUGACUGGAUACGUGAGGAUUCGUUCAUCUCACACCCUGAACUCUCUCUCCUUCCUCAAGAGUCUGAGAUACAUCAACGGAGAUGAACUGUGGGAUGACAUGUAUGCCUUUGUUGCCCUGGAUAACCAGCAUCUACAGUUUCUGUGGGAUUGGUCUCAGCACAAUCUCACCAUAAACGCUGGAAAACUUUACUUUCGUCUCAACCCCAAACUCUGUAUGUCCGAGAUCCGCAAGAUGUGGGCCAAAACGGGAAUUACAGAGAAGUUUUUGGAAGAAGAUUUCCGCAACAAUGGGCACCGUGCAAGCUGUGAAAGUAAAAUUCUCAAGUUCAUAUCUAACAGCACGAGGAGUAAUCGAAUCAAGUUGACAUGGGAACGAUAUCAGCCACCCAAUUACAGAGACAUUGUCAGUUUUGUUGUAUAUUACAAAGAAGCGCCUUUCCAGAACAUUACAGAGUUUGAUGGUCAGGACGGUUGUGGAUCAGACAGUUGGAACAUGGUUGAUGUAGACUUACCGGAGGACCAAACCCAAAACCCAGGUGUUUUGCUGUCCUAUUUGAAGCCCUGGACUCAGUAUGCCAUCUUUGUUAAAGCUGUAACUUUAGUUGUGGAGGACAAAGACAGGCAUCAUCUUGGGGCGAAGAGUGAAGUGGUGUACAUUUGGACUAAACCAUCAGCACCCUCAAUGCCUGUUGACAUUCGUGCUUACUCCAAUUCCUCAUCAAAGCUGGUGGUCCGGUGGUCUUCCCCUGUGGCCCUCAAUGGGAACAACACAUACUAUCUGCUCCGCUGGAGACAGCAAGGAGAGGACCAGGAGCUCUACCAGCACAACUACUGUUCCAAAGAACUGAAGAUCCCGAUCAGGAUUUCAGCCACAGGUUUGACAGAAACCGAGGACACAAAUCCCACCAAUCAAGAAAUAGGAGGUCGUGACAAACCCUCAUGUUGUCCAUGCCCUAAAUCAGAGAAGGUUCUGAAGCAAAUCAAGGAUGACAUCUACUACCGCAAAGCCUUUGAGAAUUUCCUCCAUAAUGCCAUAUUCACACCCAGACCUCCCGACAGGCGACGGCGAGAUGUGUUUGGCGUGGCCAACGCAACUUUCAUCCACACUCUGAUGUCUGGAAACUGGAAUCUGACGGAGGGAAACUUCUCAGUUGAUGAGCCAGCCAGACAUGAACACCCCUUUCACGAGAGGAAAGUGAGAGAGCUCAACGCUGACAUCAACGGCCUGCAUCCAUUUACCGUCUACCGCAUUGACCUGCAUGCUUGCAAUGAUGAGGUUCGACACUGUAGUGCGGCAGCCUUCGUCUUUUCCCGCACCAAACCAGCAGAAAGAGCCGAUGACAUUCCUGGCCCUGUGACCUGGGAAGGUCUAGAAGAUUCAGUGUUCCUGAAGUGGCCCAAGCCACACAAACCCAAUGGCCUGAUCCUGCUGUAUGAGAUUCAGUACCGUCUUGGAGCUGAGGCUGAGAAGCACGAGUGUGUUUCCCGACAGCACUACAAGGAGCACAAAGGGGUGAAACUCUCCAACUUGGGACCUGGGAACUACUCUGCCCGUGUGCGGGCUACUUCUCUCGCUGGAAACGGGUCCUGGACAGAUCCGAUAGCUUUCUAUGUGCUUCAGGUUAAACAAUCAGGUUAUGAGCACUUCUUGUACUUCAUGAUCAUCCCAAUUGUCAUGAUAUUCUCAGUCUUCACUGGAGUGGCUUUCAUCUUGGUCAAUAAGAAACGGAACAGUGACAGACUUGGAAAUGGAGUCCUUUACGCUUCUGUUAAUCCAGAGUACUUCAGUGCGGCAGAGAUGUAUGUGCCAGACGAAUGGGAAGUUGAGCGAGAGAAAAUCACAAUGUGUAGAGAGCUUGGGCAAGGAUCGUUUGGUAUGGUGUACGAGGGCAUUGCCAAGGGUGUCGUCAAGGACGAGCCAGAAACCAAAGUGGCCAUCAAAACAGUCAACGAGUCGGCAAGCAUGAACGAACGCAUUGAGUUUCUCAAUGAAGCCUCCGUAAUGAAGGAGUUCAACUGUCACCAUGUGGUGCGUCUACUGGGUGUGGUCUCGCAGGGACAGCCCACCCUUGUAAUCAUGGAGCUAAUGACACAAGGAGAUCUAAAGAGUUAUCUACGCUCACUACGAUCCAAAGAGAGCACCUCCAGUCUGCCUUUACCACCCUUGAAGAAGAUGAUCCAGAUGGCAGGAGAGAUUGCGGAUGGCAUGGCUUACCUCAAUGCCAACAAGUUUGUUCAUAGAGACUUGGCAGCCAGGAAUUGUAUGGUGGCCAAGGACUUUACAGUCAAAAUUGGUGAUUUUGGCAUGACACGGGACAUUUAUGAGACCGAUUACUACAGAAAAGGAGGCAAGGGACUGCUGCCGGUGCGGUGGAUGUCUCCGGAGUCCCUCAAAGAUGGAGUAUUCACCACCAUGUCUGAUGUGUGGUCCUUUGGAGUGGUGUUGUGGGAAAUCGCCACCCUUGCCGAGCAGCCCUAUCAGGGCUUGUCCAAUGAGCAGGUACUGCGGUUUGUCAUGGAGGGAGGACUGCUCGACAAACCAGAUAACUGCCCUGAUAUGUUGUUUGAGCUGAUGCGCAUGUGCUGGCAGUACAACCCCAAAAUGCGGCCGUCCUUCCUGGAGAUCAUCAGCAGCAUCAAGGACGACCUGGAGCCAGGCUUCAAGGAGACCAGCUUCUUCUACAGCGAGGAGAACAAACCUCCCGACACUGAAGAGCUGGACAUGGAGAACGUGGGAACCAUGGAAAACGUUCCUCUGGAGCCGUCCUCCUGCCUGCAGCCUCUCACCCCCUCCUCGGCCUUCCCCCAGCAGUGUACCCCUGGGCCACAGGGGUCCGUCACACCCGCUGGAGCUUCCUCACCCCCUGCCUCCCCCUGCUCUAUGGACAAACACCCACACCCGGCAUCCGCGGCAAACGGACCCUCCAUGGUUCACCGGAGCCCGUUUGACAAGACCAAGGCUUACGCUCACAUGAACGGGGGCCGGAAGAACGAGCGUGCCUUGACCUUGCCCCAGUCGUCGGCUUGCUGACCCUGUUUUCUUUAGAUCACGUCCCUUUGACUGAAACAUGGACAUGUCAAGCCACUGUGUGGUCUUCUAAGAAGAAAUAUAUAUUAAAAAAAUACAAACAAAAAGACAAAAUGGUAUAACUAAGAGUCCAGGCAAUCAAUUUUCAAUCAUACCUCAAGGGACAAAGUUUGGAUUUCUUUGUUUUUUUUCUGUGUGUAUUUUGAUUGAAUUGUUGAAUCGAUUGAGGACAUAAACAUUUGUUAUUUCUGCAGAAGUAACAAGACUGGAUUAUUGACUGAAAAACAUAAACCUUCAUCCUCGCACCUGACAGGCUGACUAUUUUUGUUAUGUUUUGUUACUUUUCUACACUUCCAAACUGGUUUAAAAGCCUAUCAAAUCCAGUAGUGGUACGGUGGCAUUAUUACGACACUCUGCAUAUCUUUAAGCAAAUCCAGCAGCAAAGCACCUUGUAUUUGUGACUCCAGAGACAUGCAUAGAAAUUAUAUAGUUCGUAGCACAGAAUAGAGAAGGGUGUGUGGGGCUCAAAUCUAGGUACAGAGAUAAUAAAAUGGCUGGCUUACACACUCUCUUUAAAACGUCUGGCUGUGCAACAUAGUGGAGAAAAAAUUCUCAAACCUGCCGAAUUUUUCUUGUCUUUUUCUUUUUUUACAUUGCCAGAUUAUACUGUCAUCUCUUUCCCUGUCCCUAACUCCAUCGCAGCCUCAUUCCUUGCUCCUUUUAUCCCAAUGAGCUCAAAAAUAUCAAAUAAGACGCUCCACUCUUUUUACACUGCUGUACAUACUUUUUACAGUCAUCUUCUAUUUAAAAAGUUAAAAUCAAUAGAGGGGUAUCUACCUCUUGUUCUGCUUUCACCUUUUUUGUCUCCAUGGCCAGAUGUCUAUAAAGCUUCUUGCUUUGGGUUAGACACAUUUCAGACAGCAAGAAAAGGUGUUGUGAAACAAUGCAAAAACAAUCUUUACAGCACCAAAAUGACAACAAAUGCAACAGACACAAAAUUGCAACAAACAAAAAUAAAUAAAUAAACAUUUAGAAGGGAUUUGGGUUAAAAAAAAAAAAAAAAAAGAAAAGAGCUCAAACGUUUUUCAAUCUUAAAAUGUUUCAUUGUGGAGCUGACGUGUUCAUUAGACAUCUCUCAAUUGGUCUUUCAGUUGUAUGUUGGACCACAAAGUGUGUACAUGGUUUGUCUGUCACUUUUGUACCUUUUUUACAGUUCAGAUGAUCAUCUUUGUGUCUGUGCUGAAAAAAGCUGCUAUUUUAUUCUUGUUUUUAUUUUGUGGUUGUGAUAUAUACUAUAUAUAUAUCAAUAUAGAUAUAAAGAGAUUCUUCAGGUUUAAUCCUUUGCCUUUCCACUACAGUCCAUUUUAUGAUGCUUCUAGUUCUGCAAAAAAAGAACAGGGAUAAAAGAGUUUAAGAGUUGAGCUUUGCCAUGUAAAGUUGUUUAAUGUCUCCUGUUUUUUGAUAGAUUUUUCUAAAGUUAGAUUCAUACAGUUUUUUCUCUUGAAAAGGAAAACCUUCAAGUUAACAUACUUCUGUCUUCAUGCCUUUAUAACGGCGGCGAACGUGAUUCUCGAACAGCUCGGCACUGUUUCUCACCACAUUACAGCAUAACAAAUUUUCUCAGGUCAAACUCCUUAAAGUUUUGGUCUCCGACCCCUUCUAUGUUAUUCAUUCCUCUGUAUUCGGUCGUACAUAUUCACAAGACGACUCGACUGAAAAUUUGGCAAAAACUGCUCUUGAAUUCAUUUCAAUGUCAACUUAUUUUAUGUUAAAUGUCUCAUAAUUUUGUCAGAUUGUUCAGCCUUAUUUGUGACUGAUCCUGCCACCGUUUUUACAUGUUAUAAACUCUGCAUUUCCUUCCUUCCAAGCAGAGCCUGAUAAACAAGAAUUAUAUCUCUAUGCAGAAGUUGUGUUUGUAACAUGGAUCACAUCUAUACAUUUAAGAUACAGGUUUGACUAUGAGCGCCAGUUUUUUCUUGAAAGAUUUUUCACUUUUUCUUUUCCCAAUCCUGAUCUUUUUUUUCUUUCUUUUUUUUUCAUUAUUUAUUUUGUUUCUCACCUAUUUGUGAUGUUUAUAAUCACUGUUAAAAAAAAAAAAAAAAGUGUAACAUUUUAGAUUUUUUUGUUUUUUUGUUUUUUUCAUGACUUGGGGACUUUUUUCAUCAAACAUUUAUCUACCUCACUCUUUUUUUAUGUACCUGUAUAUAAAUUACAGCUGACCUUUCUUCAUGAAGAGGACGCUACAAACCACAAUCUCGGAGUGGAGAAAUUGCGGAUUUAUGGACAUAUUUUAUGAAUAGCUGCUUUCUUUCCUAUAGGAUCUUGCUCAAAAUUGUCUAUUAUUUAUUUGUGAGACUAAAAUAUACAACUUUGACAAUUGACUCCAAAAGUGCUGGAAUUUUGCUGAUAUUUAAUUUCUUGAUCAUUUAACUUGAUCACCUGGAGCAAAGGUCAAAAUCCUAACUAGAUGGAAUAAUUGCAAUGGAAUUGGAAUAUAGAAUUGUGUUUUGCUUUUGUUUUUUCAGUAUGUGUAAUUUUAUGAUCUCCUCUCCCUUUCAUGUCUCUCAAUCUCACUGUCAUCUUUCUUAUUUUGAAUUUUCAUUAUACAUUCAUUGGAAGAUUGUACUUAAAUAUAUCAGAAACCAAACAUUUGUUGAAACAAAAACACUUUGGGUGUAGACGGAUGUAUGUAAACCCCCUAUAAUUUUGUGCUGUUAUCAGGUGCAUCAAAUGUACAGUAUGAUAAACUAUUUUUAUGACCUUUGGAAAACAAAACUAUUUUAUAAAUCACCAGGGAAAACCCCAAAGAAAAGGUGGACAAAUUUCAGUAUUAUAUAAAUAAAAUUAAACCGAAGCAGUUUAAAGUUAGUUUUUCUGAACGAUUGUAUUCCCAUGUCAUUUUGUAGCUCAAAAUAUUGUUCAUGCUGUUCAAACCGAUUCAACACUUGUGAUAAGAGUUUGGUUCAUGAAAUUGGUUUGAUUAAAUUGAUAUAUCCUUUGAAAUAAUCUAAAUCCAGAUUUAAGAUAUUCUAGUAAAUAUCCAGAUUUUUUAGUAGAAUUGUUGUAAAUCUGAAUGCAAGGGAAGUGUACAAAUUGGAAAAAUUUUGUCCCCCAAUAGUACGACCCCUGGUAUUGGUCAUUGAAUUUGGGCCAAGCAAAUGAUUUAAAAGCAUUUACAUGCUUUUUUUUUUUUUUAAAUAAAGGUUGCAGAUUUUGUUAUUUAAAAUUGUUAGACACCAACCUAAUGCUCCUCUCUGACUGUGUCUGAGCUGUAACACCAUUCCAAGUGAUGGUUCAUUUUUCUGAUACAGAUAUAUUGGCGAUGGGCUAGAUAUUCUCAGGGCUGAAGGUUUUGAAUGGGCAUCAAAGAGACAGGAAGUAACCCGUCCUCAGAGCUCACUCAACCCUGCUGCUGAUGACACUGCUGCUCCCCAUAAUCUCACGAAAUUAGUCUUCUAAAAUCUGGACAUUAUAGUGUGCUCCAUGAGUACAGGAGGUCUGAGAGUAGAGCAAUAGGAGGUGUUCAUUAUCUGGUGGCACCAUCUAGAAAAAAAAAAAUGAUUUGUUUUACUCCAUAUUAUUUCAUUAAACUUGUUGAUGCCAGUAGAGCAAAAUGUUCGGAUGUUCAGUGAACCGUUGAAACAUGCCAUCAAGUUCAAGACAUGUUGUUCAAUUUGUUACUAAUAUAACAGGAUGUUACAGAUCCAGAGGGAGGGCAGAAUGGAGAAAGAUUUGAGGUCCAAGUCUGUUCAAACAUGGCUGUUCUGGUUUAAAAAAAAAGGCACUUAUUAACUUUAUUUGUAUUGCUUUUCUUUUGUAUACAUUUGAACAACAAAGUCAUGUGUCCUUAUAUGGAGAGGAGCAUAUUUGGUUCAUGGUGGCACAUUGUUCAAAAUUUCUUUUUGUUUGUGUGGAACAAAUAAUGCUUAUAAUAAAUCCAGAUCAAUAGCUUUGUGAUUUUUUUUCUGCAUACAACUGGGUUUGGAUGAAUAAUUAUAAAGCAGAUUUUGACAUUCUAUCCUGACACAAUCAAUAAAUGCAGUACAUGAACAUG